UUUAGUGGUUGGAGGACGGAUGUGUGAAACCACAUAAUUAGAUUUGCCAAAUCUAGCACUGCUAGCAGUGUAGCUGUGCGGUUUCACAACUUACCGUGCUACAAACAUGCCAAUGAAGUUGCUGUGGAAGGUAGUCACAGUCCUGAGCCUGGUUUGGGCUGUUAGAGGACAAUUAACUGGAGACUUGAGGCUGGUAGGCAGCUCAGGCCAAACAGGAGGCUCCUCUGGCAGACUGGAGGUCUAUUACAAUGGACAAUGGGGGACAGUGUGUGAUGACAGCUUCAGUCCAAAUGAUGCAGUGGUGGCUUGUCAACAACUAGGGUUCUCAACCUACACUCGAUACGGAACAGUUGGAACGCUAGGGUGAGCAGGGGCGGAUCCAGAGGUAGUUCGUUGGGUUCGUACGAACUACCCUUCCAGCUAGUCUUGACAUUACUAAGUCUAGCUAACUGUACUAACAAAGUCGUACAAAGUUCUCUCCGCGUACAAUAAAAGGGUGGGGCUGGUUCUCUCUGCAUAACAAGUAGCUGCAGCCACAUUGAUUUGCACCGUGGUCAAGUGAUAAAUUAUUAUAUAUAGCCAUGAAUCCUUGGUUUAAGAAGAGGAAAGUUUCAGGUAAGGGUGAGUGCAUGGCACUGCAUAUUGAAUGACACUGCAUACUUACAUGUAUAAUUGCUAUAAUCAUUAAUAAAUUGAUGGUUAAGUUCUACAAAUCUACAGCCAAGUCUCCUCUUCACCAGCCAUCACCGUCUGUCUUUCCAUUGGGGGUCACCACGUACUAUCUCUCCUCCAGUCACAAAACCAUCUCUCCUGUGUUACAAAUUUUUCGAAGUUUCUCUCAACCUUCAUCAACCACUCCGAUAUGGCUGGACGAACUUGGUUGCGUUGGAACUGAGAGCAGAUUGAUCGAUUGUUAUUCUAGCGUCGGAACUUGCUCCCAUUCAGAAGAUGUGGCCUUGAUCUGUACUCCAAGAUCAAGUUCAUCAGCCAGCAUCGCCGGUAUCACUAUUGGACUGACUUUUCCUGUCAUAUUCAUCAUAGUUGUGUGUGUCGUCUUGGUUUAUGGUGGUUUAAUAAGCCUGAGGAGAAGACGUCGUCUGGCUCGCCACCCACGCAGUACUCCCCUAAUCAAUAAUGCUGCGUCGACAGCUGUAGUCGGCGUCACUGCGUCAAAUACACAAGAUACGGCCUAUCCCGUGCAGCAGCAGCCCAUGGAUCAAACUUCUCCCUAUUCCCCACAAGCCCCCCCUCAAAGUAUGCAACCAGUGGCUGCCUACCCGACUGGACAAUAUGUUGACCCCAAGUACCACACAUCCUAUCCUCAGCAACCACCAGCUCCCUAUCCCACUGAACAACCACCUCCUGCUCAGUACCCCACUGGACAACCUCCCCCUGCACCAUACUUGUCUGGUGGAGAAGCCCCUCCAGCAUAUCCGAACUAAGUAUGGGGACUGCCCACCACACAAGUAGAAAAUAAAAAACUUUUUCAGCACAUGCAAAGACUGAUAGUGCAUGAAAUAGCAUAUUAGUAUAUAUCUGCUGUAGUUGCUGUUUCAUUGUUUAAUUGUCCUCUCUUUUUUACUUCCAAGAUUUCAUUCUGUGUAUGAUCAAAUAUUUUUGUAAGAUGAUUUUGACAUUAAUUUUAGCGCAUAUUAUCAUUCUGUGA